AUGAGAUGUCACAGGAAAGCUGGACGACCGAUUGUCUAUAUUGAUGAAACUUGGGUAGACAGCAAUUUGACAUUUAAGAAAUGUUGGCAAGAUGACACAGUUUUGGGAGCUACAGCAAAUGUUAAUUCGAAAAAUAGACUCAUAGUUGUUCAUGCUGGGUCAUCAACGGGUUUCCUUACGGGUGCUUUACUAGUAUAUAAAGCAUCAACAAAAAGCGGCGACUAUCACGGGCAAAUGAACUAUGAAAACUUUAAAAAAUGGGUGUCGGAAAAACUUCUUCCAAAUUUGCAACCAAACAGUGUCGUAUGCAUGGAUAAUGCACCGUAUCAUACGAUUGUCGAAAACCCCACUCCAACGAAGUAUUCUACAAAAAAGUUAUGA